AUGUUAUAAUAAUACAAUUCAAUUGUAGUUGAUGCCAGUUACAUAAAUAAGAAUUACACUUAAGAAAGUGUAAUAGGAAGAGGACGAGAUUUUUACUUGGGAAUUUCAUCAAUUUGUUAUCUUAUGUCUCAUGCAAAGGAUGGAUAGAAAUAUAUACUCUAGAUUUAUGAAAAUUUAGGUUAUGAUAUAUUCAGAACCAAAGUCUUGUAAUUAUAAAAAGCAAUGUUGGAAUGUGUUAAUGAAUAUAACACUAGAAUAGUAAUGAUAGCAGAAAAAGAGAUAAAUGAUAAACAAUCUGAUUUAUAUGUUUUAUAUAGAUUAAAUGCAUUGAAAAAGAGAUUAGAUUAAGAAGAAUAAUUAAAUUAAGAAUAAGCAUUAGAAUUACUUAUUACAUUUUGUAAGAAUCUACUUAUUACAGGUAUAAUAUUAUCAUUAUAAUAAUAGGUCGCUCAACUUUUGAAUUUUUAGAUCUUGCCCCAUAAAAUAUAUUUGUAGAUGGUAAAAAUUUUGUUAUUUCAAAUAUGGGUAUUUCAUACAAAGGAUCUAAAUUUCAUAGACCUUAUACACCUAGUACAGACAACUUUUAUAAGGAUAAAUCCCUUGCAAAUUUAAUUUAUACUUAUUCCUUUUAAGCUGGUUUGGUUGUCUUAUGCGCUAUUACUAAGAUUAAUUCUGCUGAUUUUUUUUUUGAGGAUGGAUAACUUAAAGAUAAUAUAUUACAAUCAGUACUCAAAGUACUUAGAGAAAAUUAAAAAACUGACAGAUCAAAAGAAGAUUAAUUGAAAUUCGAUAAAUUCAAAGAUUAAUUAAAAAAAUAGAUUAAUUCUUUAUCUAAAAUUGAAAAGCCAUUUGAAGGAGAUUAUAAAAUGAUAUUACCAAUCUUAUCUUAAAUAUUAUCUUUGGAUCAGUAAAAGAGAUCUAUUUUCUAAUUAUUGAUUUGCUAUCCAGAUAAUCCAUUAAAAGUUGAAUAUCCAUUCUUUUAAUAAGCUAUUGAUGUUGAUUAAUAAUAUGUUGGAUUUGGUAAGUUAGAUGAGGAUAAUAAGAUUAUACCUCAUGGAUAUGGAUAUGGGAAAUUUGAAGAUUAAUGGCAUUAUGGAAUAUUUGAAAAUGGUGAGUUAAGUAAAGAUGGGACAAUUGAGAUGAAGACAUAAAAAGCUGUUUCAUAUAUUCUAUUGAAUUUAUUUGAAAAUCAUUCAAAAAUUAUUGUUGAAUUGAAUAAAUAUAUUUAUAUUGGAGAAUUUGAUCAAUAGAAAUAUAUUCCUAAUGGCAAAGGUGAAAUAAUAUAUGUAUUGACUUAUCAAAAAAAUUUACCAAGGAAGAGAUAAGUUAUUAAUUUUGAAGGAGAUCUAAAAUUAGGUGAAAAGAUAGAAGGUAGAGAAUUCUAUAGAAACAAAUCCUUCUUUGAUGGCUAAUUUGCCAAAAAUAGUCCAAGAGAAGGGAUUUUUACUUAUGGUCCUAAUCAUUUUUAUGAUGGCAUUAUUGAGGAUUUCAAAAGAGUUUCAGGAAAGUUAUAUUUUGGAGAAUUAACAUUUGAAGGAGAAUUUGAAAAUAAUAAAGCAAAAGAUGGAGUAUUACUUUAUGAGGAUGGAAGUGAGUAUAAGGGAUUAUUUUAAAAUGGAUAAAGAUGUAUAUAAUAUAUAUAUAUAUAAAAUUAGCUUCAUUGGAAGGAAAGUAUACUUAUAGUAAUUAGAAGGUUUAAUAUAUAGGAAAUUUCAGAGAGGAUACUUUUCAUGGGAAAGGAGUUUUGAUAUUAUUAGAAACAAAUGAAUAAGUAGAAGUAGAGUAUGAGUAUGGAAGAUGUAAAACUGAUUUACCAGAUAAUUUUAAGGAUGCAUUGAAAAAAAAUAAAAAGUAAGUAAUAUAGAAAAUGGAACAAAAGAAACCUGAUUCAAAAUAGAAGAAGAAUGAUGAUGAUGAUGAAUAAAUUAAAGAGGAAAUAGAUGAAGGAUUUGCUGAUGAUGAUGGAUAAUAUGGACAUGAUUUAGAUGAUGAAGAUGCUUGA